AUGUAACUAAGUUUUGUCUGACUUAAAUUUUCCAAAAACCAGAAUUCAUGAUGACAACAGUAUCUGUGACCACAGAAGUUCCCCCGGAUGAUAAGAAAGAAGACCAUUUUUCCUCAUGUGAGUCUACAUCGGCUCACAUAAUUGAAGAAACUGAAUAUGUGAGGAAGAUUAGAACUACUCUGGAAAAGAUCCGAACUCAAAUAUUUAAAGAUGAAGUUGGAUGUAACAGUGUAAAUCACAAGCUAGAGGCAAAGCGCUAUGGAAACACUCAAAAUGGCUCUGAUUCUGAAACGGAUCCUUCUUGUUGCAGUUUGGAUAUGCUCAUGGAAAGGAUGAAAGGAAAAGACCUGCAACUCUUAGAAAUGAACAAAGCAAAUCAAGUACUGAAAAUCAAGCUGGAAGCUUCCAGGGAAGCAGGAGCAUCAACUCUGAGAAAUGUGGCCCAGAGAUUAUUUGAAAACUAUGAAACACAGUCUGGAGAAAUAAGAAAAAAACAUGAGGCUGCAAAGCAUUUGCUUCAGGUUAACAAACUUGAAAAAGAACAGAAAUGGAAGCAACAUUCUGACCAUCUGAAUCAAGUUGCUGAAAAGCUUGAAGAAAAACAUAAUCAAAUCACUGAGUUAGAGAACCUUGUACAGAGAAUGGAAAAGGAAAAGAGAGAACUGCUAGAAAGAAAACUGUCUUUGGAGAAGCAGCUUCUGCAACUCAAACCCAACGCUACAUGUAUUAAAAGUUGCAGAGACCUUGAAAUGGAGAUUUCCCUUCUCCAGGAGCAGAUUUCUCAUUUGCAGUUUGUGAUUCAUUCUCAACAUCAGAACCUACGCAGAGUCAUCCAGGAGAUGGAAGGAUUAAAAAGCAGUUUAAAAGAACAAGAUAAAAGAAUUGAAAACCUGAAAGAAAAAGUGAACAUACUUGAAGCUCAGAAUAAGGAACUAAAAACCAAAGUGGCAUUUUGGUCUAAAACUUCUAAGACAACAGCAUCAAAGGCUGUCUCCACAAGUGAACUGAAAACUGAAGGCACUCCACCCUAUUUGAUGCUCAUCAGGCUGCGGAAAUGAACUGGCUUGACUGAAGAUCUGAAUGAGAAAGCCAAUCGCGUGGGUUGUAUUUAACCCUGGAAACACAGACUAAACUUGCAUGUUAGAAUGACUCAAUGGCAGUAUUUAAUAGGAUUUAUUAUACAUAGAAAACUUUGAUGGAAGAUGACAUCCCAGAAAAUAAAGCAACUAUAUGUAUAUUCAAUUAAAGGAAGUCUUUCAAACUCACUAAAUGUGAAGAUAAUUAUGGAUGAUGAAUUUUGCUUGAACUUAAGGAAAAUAUGAAAUUGGAGGGAAUUUUUGCUUAAGACACUACUUUGAGGUUGGCAAUGUUCAUCUUUUAAUAGUAGUUUUUCUGUAUGUAAAAGAAGGGAGAGAGCAUUAUGUGGAUGAAUAAAUGAUACCUUUUAAAGAAGAUGAUUGAGUAGUAAGAAAUGUCCUACCAUGGUAUAACUUCAUCUCCUGGCCCCUUAUUAGUGAGUUGUUAUCUGCUGAAUCAUGUACAGCAGGAUACAAUUCUGUUUUGCUAAUUCCUUAGCCCAUGCAACUGUACAAAAUUAUGAGUUAUGGCUGCUGUCUCAAGGAAGCCAUUGUUUUUCAACUGGAUUGAGAUUGAAACUCAGAUGCUUAAAGAGAGCCCACACAUAAGCACUCAAGGAUGUGAUUUGUCACUGCCUUUGUGAUUCAUUUUCAUUUUGAUAUUCACAGACUAACAGAAAUAUUGGUAGAGGAAGAGUAGAAGUCAGUGCUGCCAGCUCAUGCCACUAGAAAAGUGUAUAUAUUGUGGAUUCAAAGGAACAGUAGCUGCUGGGAUAGUGAACUGUGAAUAAUAUAGACGUCCAACAUACAGCUUUAAGAAGAGAAAUUCCAUCAUUACACACAGUAAAUGUCAAUCUGUUCAUACUUUGGAAUUAUGUGUCUAGUACUUUGGAGAAGGUGCUUACAUUUUGACUCAUUGUUGAGUUUGUGAUUGCUAGGAUUAAGCCUAACUCUGUGGAAAUGGAAACAUAUUAACCUUCAUAAAAAUAGAAUGCACUUCAACUAAAAGAAAAAUUGGAAAUCUCUGUCACCACAAAGGGAAAGUCACCCUUUGGCCUUUUGUUCAUCCUAUCUAGUAUAUGUAACUCUAAACAUUUUCUCAGGAAAUGAGUUUCAAGAUGUUCAAAGGGAAAUAUCAGUAUUACCUAUUAGUUAUUUAAAUAUGAAUACUGAUGAGAUGAAGUAAUGUAUUUGCAAAGUCAUUAAAGUACUUUAAUCCUUGAAAUGCUGUAAAACUAUAUGCAUAAGUUCCAUACUCCAUGUUUUUAUAACUGGCAAGUUUUUAAGAUGGUGUUUUCUAUUACCUUUCAGGGCACAUUUAGCCUAUGUGAAAAACAAAUCUAAGUCUUAUGCCUGUAUGAAUUGCUUGGAUCCUCCCAACAGUCUUGAGAAGCAGAUAAUAUUAUUAUUCCAAGUUUAAAGGAGGAUACUCAGAGUGGUUCAGUCAGUUCAUUUUUGACCUGUUGAUAUUACUUCUACCUACUAAUUUGUCAGCUGAGGGAUUUUCUACCUAUAGAAAUGUCUCUCUUUUUUGCUGCUUGAGUGGAGAGUGCUUCCUUGAAGGAUCUCUAUAUUAUAUUGUGGGUGAGACCUAGAAACCACACUUAGUAAUAAACUAGACAUUUUCCUGA